ACAAUAUAUAAAUGCACCCAUGAGUACACCUGCUAAACCCAGUGCUUUCAAUUUUUAACUAAUAAUUCAGCUACAGUGUACCAUAGACCCCAAAGAUGACACUAAGAACUCUCCUGUAUGUAGCCGCUGUUGUCUCCCUUUUGUGUUACGUCAAAGGGGGUGAUUAUGGGGGCCAUAAUACGUACACCGGAUACGGAUCGAGAUACGGCGGUCGGUCAGUCCGCCCCAUAUCUGUGAUUUAUCCGUCUUUAUACCAAACACAGUGGAGUAGCCUCCCUUACCAGUACCCGACAUCCUAUUACUCCCCACCGGUCAGCAAUCCGAGCUACCCCCAGUACUACCCCUCAUACUACCACUCCCACCACACCCACAACCUAGACCCAUUCCUUUUCUCCACCCCCAGCUCGGGAUUCGGCGGGGGAAUUUUUAACAGUGGUUGGAUCCCACUUAUCGUCAUGUUUUUCCUACUGGCUUUCUUUGCGCCCUGGUUAAUCUCCUCCCUAACCAUGAGUAACGACAUUUUAUACUAGACUACUCAC